AUGGCCCUUCCCGCGAGCUUGAGUGGCAGCGACAUCUCCCUGGCGGACGUGCUUCGUGAAGUGUCGGACAUCAUGAGCAAUCCCAGAUCCUGGGAGAAUCGCCGCGAGACAAUAUUCGAGUUGCUGCGGCGAUCUGUCAUCCAAAGCGGGCGGAACGGCUGCUUGGACUCCAAGCUACAUGGUCCAGAGAGCAGCCUCGAGACUGCUUGGGUUUUUCUCUUGACGUUGCGGCGACGAAGCCCAGUUCGGCAGAGGCGCAUCGACGAGUGUCUGAAGGCGCUCAGCUCCUCUGACAGGUGGAUGCAGAUCCUCAAGCAGUCCUCCAGGGCACAGGAGCUGCUGCGGGAUCAAGCAGGAGCCUUGCCUUCUCCGUUGUCCCUCGAGGGGGUCGGAGUGGCAGAAACGGCCCAUGAAGCCCACCCCAGAUUCGGCAACCUGAGUCCCAAAGCAAUGGCUGGCACCGCGGUUUUCUCAGCGGCAAUGCAAGCAAGUUCAGGGCCAAGCUCACCUGCAGGUGCCUCACGAGCGCAGGAUCGUGAUCGAAACUUGGACAGAGAGGCGGAUAAGAUCGAGGAAGGUGUCAAGCAGCCGCAGCAACACGUCACUUCGAAGGUGGUUGGGGCCACACAGUCAGCGUUCCAAGCAGCGCGGGACACCAAUCAGAAAUACGGGGUCACCGACAAGAUCGGUGAAGGUGCGAAGGUUGCAUACACGAAGGCGAGAGACUUCGAGCAGCAGCACCACGUCACUUCGAAGGUGGUUGGGGCCACACAGUCAGCGUUCCAAGCAGCGCGGGACACCAAUCAGAAAUACGGGGUCACCGACAAGAUCGGUGAAGGUGCGAAGGUUGCAUACACGAAGGCGAGAGACUUCGAGCAGCAGCACCACGUCACUUCGAAGGUGGUUGGGGCCACGCAGUCAGCGUUCCAAGCAGCGCGGGACACCAAUCAGAAAUACGGGGUCACCGACAAGAUUGGUGAAGGGGCGAAGGUUGCAUACACCAAGGCGAGAGACUUCGAGCAGCAGCACCACGUCACUUCGAAGGUGGCUUCUGGGCUUAAAGCCGGGGUUAGUGGUGCUGCAUCGGCGGCUGGGUCGCUGGCAAAGGGUUCGAACCCAUUUACCCACAGUGCAACAGAGGUGGAGGCCCAGGGGAUCAGGGAGGGCCAACUCCCGGAAUCCUUUCCGGGAGGCGCGCAAUGGCAAUCCGUUCCGGUGACGCCGACUUCCGAUUCCGAUGACCCCGAAGGCUCGGCGCUGACCUCGGAGGCCAGUGGCCAGUGCGCGGGGUGGAGUGCUUCUCCUCGGAGCGCGCCAGCGAUGGCGCCGGGCCAGCGAUGGCGCAGCCGUGUCGCACAGCUGUUGCACAUAUCUCGGUACAAGCAUGAUUUGACGGGCAUCGAGACGGUUCAGGCAGAGAUCAAGAAACUGAAGGAGCGGAAGUCGGAGUUGCAAACUCUGCUGGGCUUGGAGGAGGAGGUGUUGCCCUCAACGGACCCAGCAUGA